ACAUACUGCCAUACUCUCAUUUCAGAUGCACUUUCUUUGAACAGUCCCUCUCAUUUUCACCCUCUCACACUGCAUUUAUAAUAGCAGCAUCAUUCUGCUUCCUGCUUACAUUUUACCUCACUUACUCACCUUUUCCUUCAUGGCUCUGAUACCUCUCUUUGCUAUUUUAUUCUUUGUGGCCUCCCCAAGCAAUGCUUACUGGCCACCUUCACCUAGUUACAGGCCAAGUUCCAAAUUCAGGCCUGUGAACUUCUACAAAGGGUUCAGAAAUCUUUGGGGUCCUCAGCACCAAAGCAUUGACCAAAAUGCAUUAACAAUAUGGCUUGAUAGAACCUCAGGAAGUGGCUUCAAGUCAGUUCGUCCAUUUCGAUCUGGGUAUUUUGGUGCUUCCAUUAAGCUCCAUCCUGGAUAUACAGCAGGAGUUAUUACAUCGUUCUAUCUUUCUAACAAUGAGGCACAUCCUGGCUUCCAUGAUGAAGUGGACAUUGAGUUUCUUGGGACGACAUUCGGAAAGCCUUACACUUUACAGACCAAUGUUUAUAUAAGAGGAAGUGGUGAUGGCACCAUCAUUGGCAGAGAAAUGAAGUUCCACCUUUGGUUUGAUCCUACACAAAAUUUUCAUCACUACGCUAUACUUUGGAGUCCUAAGGAAAUAAUAUUCCUUGUGGAUGAUAUUCCCAUAAGGAGGUACCCAAGAAAGAGUCCAGAAACAUUUCCACUACGACCAAUGUGGCUUUAUGGUUCAAUAUGGGAUGCCUCAUCAUGGGCAACAGAAGAUGGAAAAUACAAGGCUGAUUACAGAUACCAACCUUUUGUUGCAAAGUACACUAACUUCAAGGUUGGUGGUUGCUCAGCUUAUGCCUCUCGUUGGUGCCGUUUAGCUUCAGCCUCACCAUAUCGUUCUGGUGGCUUGACCAGACGCCAAUAUUGGACCAUGAGAUGGGUGCAAAAAUAUCACAUGGUCUAUAACUACUGCCAAGAUCCCUAAAGAGACCACAGACUAACACCUGAGUGUUGGGGGUAACACUUUCAGAACUAAAUAAUUAGUCUUCUAUAAUAAACUUUUGCAAUGUUUGGUGUGUUAAAUCAUGGAAUGGCUCAUAAAUAAAAUAAUAUUACGUCUUUACUGGUA